AUGCACGAGACGCAAACGGUAUGGCUCAGCUUUCUCCGACUUGAGGACGAGCCUUGGCGUCACGGGCACAAGGUUGGCAGCACCGUACUUCUCCCUGGAGCUGGUAUGACUAGUAUCAUUCCAGAGGCUAGUCAACACGUUGUUGCAUCGAAAAAGCAUGCUCAAGCUUUCCGUCUACGCGAUGUGUUUCUGUUCGUUGCCAUGGCACGCCCCGAAAGAGUUGCAACAGAAGUAUUUGCCCACAUGAGGCUCCGCCUUCAAUUCACAAUUGGAUUAAACCCUGCACCGGGACAACUGCCGUGGACUCAUGACGAUAAGCUGCCAUGGAAAUACGACACCUACCAUCGCAUUCACAAGGUGUCGAAUCUCGAGUACGCCUAUGAAAACUUCUACAACCACAUGAACAGUACUUCUUGGAAAUUCGGUGAGGUUUUCCAGUGA